AGCAGCGCCCGGCGCGCGCAGCCAAGAAGUUUGCAAUUGAAUUGCAAGAAGCUGGAGGUGUUUUUGCAAAGGUGGAGUGGAAGGACUGCUGCUGCUGCUGCCGCCACCGCCGCCGCUGCUUAAUUGCACAUUCAAGUGGAAAAUUUUCGGGAGUCAGCAGAAACAUUGUGUCCCAAAAAGACUAAGUCGCAGUUACCACCAAACCCAGGAGGAGAUUCUCCCUGGAAAACUUCCCUUCGGUUUCUUUUCUUUAAAAGACUCCAAGCUUUGGCUUGGAGACCCCAAUCGUCACCAUUGAGCCCAGCAGCUGGAGCGGCAGCGAAAGUCCUGCCGAAAACAUUGAGAGAAUGAGUGACUCUGCAGAUAAGCCUAUUGACAAUGAUGCCGAGGGAGUCUGGAGCCCAGAUAUUGAACAGAGCUUUCAGGAGGCCCUGGCCAUUUAUCCACCUUGUGGGAGGAGAAAAAUCAUCCUAUCAGAUGAAGGCAAAAUGUAUGGUAGGAAUGAGUUAAUAGCAAGAUACAUCAAACUCAGAACAGGGAAGACGCGGACCAGGAAACAGGUGUCUAGUCACAUUCAGGUUCUUGCCAGAAGGAAAUCUCGUGAUUUUCAUUCCAAGCUGAAGGUAACAAGCAUGGAUCAGACAGCGAAGGAUAAAGCAUUGCAGCACAUGGCGGCCAUGUCAUCGGCCCAGAUAGUCUCAGCGACGGCCAUUCACAACAAGCUGGGACUGCCAGGAAUCCCACGCCCCACGUUUCCUGGCGCACCAGGGUUCUGGCCAGGAAUGAUACAAACAGGUCAGCCGGGAUCUUCACAAGAUGUCAAGCCCUUCGUGCAGCAGGCCUAUCCCAUCCAGCCCACAGUCACUGCCCCCAUUCCAGGGUUCGAGCCUACAUCUGCACCAGCACCCUCAGUUCCUGCAUGGCAGGGCCGUUCCAUUGGAACAACCAAACUUCGACUGGUGGAAUUCUCAGCUUUUCUUGAACAGCAGCGAGACCCAGACUCGUACAACAAACAUCUCUUCGUACACAUUGGCCACGCCAACCAUUCUUACAGUGACCCAUUGCUUGAAUCAGUGGACAUUCGUCAGAUUUAUGACAAAUUUCCUGAGAAGAAAGGUGGCUUAAAGGAAUUGUUUGGAAAGGGUCCUCAGAAUGCCUUCUUCCUUGUAAAGUUCUGGGCGGAUUUAAACUGCAACAUUCAAGAUGAUACAGGGGCUUUCUACGGGGUGACCAGUCAGUAUGAGAGCUCAGAGAACAUGACCAUCACCUGUUCUACCAAAGUCUGUUCAUUCGGGAAGCAAGUAGUGGAGAAGGUAGAGACGGAAUACGCCAGGUUCGAGAACGGCCGAUUUGUGUACAGAAUAAACCGCUCUCCAAUGUGUGAAUAUAUGAUUAACUUCAUCCACAAACUCAAGCAUUUACCAGAGAAGUAUAUGAUGAACAGCGUGUUGGAAAACUUUACAAUUUUGUUGGUGGUAACAAACAGGGAUACACAAGAAACCCUCCUCUGCAUGGCCUGCGUAUUUGAAGUUUCAAAUAGUGAACAUGGAGCACAGCAUCAUAUUUACAGGCUUGUAAAGGACUGAGCACGGUUAUUUAUAUAUACAUAUACACACACAUACACACACACGUCAUCGUGAAACUACAGACUUUAAACCUCAGUACUAAGUGGCCGGGCCCCUGGCGCAGGGCGGCCUCCACGGUUUUCUAAAUCCUGUCAGUCAUUUUUCAUGUGUUCAUAUAUCAUUGUAGCUGUGAAAUUCUGGUACAGUUGUAAAAAAAAAAAUUCUUUCUAAAAUGAUGUGUUCUUCAGAUUUGUAACCCACACUUCUUUGGGAAAGAUGACACUUAAGAAACUGAGGUCUCUGUCUGGGGAGGCCUGUUUUUAAUUGUGGUAGAAAAUGUAAGACAGAAGCAUUUGCCAUGGGAAAUUUAAGCAUUUAUACAAAUGUAUUUAGUUUUUUUCCAACGUAAAAUGCUUGUUUUAAGAUGCAAGUAAAAUUAAAGUGAAACUUUAAGUAUAAAUGUAAAUGAGUACACAAAGUGAAGAAACUUUAGAAUUAUCUUUGUAACUAAUUAGGGUGAAACGAAUGUAAUUCACUAAAUUAUUUUUAAACAAAACCUUUUUUUUUUUCCUUUUUGAAACCAAAUGUUACAAUGUAGCCUUAAGAAAUGCUUGGUAGGAAGACCCUAAUGAGGCAAAAUUGUAUUUUUUUUCCUCACCAUUUAAAACUAAUUCUCUAAUCCAUUAAACAUCUGAACAGGUAUUGCAAAGAAAGAAAAUGUCAUCCCUUAUACAUAACAUAUAGAGUGUAUUUAAAAAUAUAAAAUUGUAUUGUACUAAUAUGAAGAUUUGAUUAUUUAAUGAAAAAGAUGGCUUGUUUUGCAAUAAGUAGGUAAAUACUGAAAUUUUAAACUUACAUCGUAGUCGCGUGUGCAGUUAUAUUUUAUAUGGACAACUAAAUUUUCUAUUAAUUCGAGUUGAAGAAUUUGAAACACUGAAAUUAUUAGUAACAAAAUAAGAGUUUAAAAAAAAUUGGCAUGAAUACUGCACUGUUAGCUGCAAAGUAGAGAAAGGACUGUGGUGGGAAGAAGAUUUCAUAGACCAAAUUCCAAAAGGCUCAUCUGCUUUAGUAUCGCUGCCACCCAGAACAUCCCAGGCCCAUCUGGGCUUUUCUAACAAACCCAUAUUUACCUGAAUAGCUAAGGUGCCUGCAUGGACCCAGACAAGAGGCAUUUUCUGAACAUCUCUUCAAACCCUUCGAUUUUGUGUGCUGACUAACCCCUUUAGGGUUUGGGCACACCGUUUGUGACUAACCCUGGUGCCUAUGUCCAUGCUCAUUCCUUCGAAACAAGCUCAUUUGGGAGCUCUUUUCUUAUAGAAGACUUUACUUACUUCCCUCUUCAAAUAUUCAGAUAUAUUCAGCAGUUAGAAUUGGUAGGGAGAGUGAUAACAUCACUUGGGUUCUUUCAACUCUGAUACUAUAAAGAUCAUUAAAAGGCCCAGAUUACAGAGCAUAGUGCUCCUUCCUUCCUUCCUUCCUUCCUUCCUUCCUUCCUUCCUUCCUCCCUUCCUUUCAUGCUUGUUGAAUGCCAGUUUCAUGCCACUUACUAUCACCUAGAUAAAAACUGCUUCAUAGCUACAAGAUACAGCCUCUUACCCAAGCCUAGCAUAAGAGACAGAUUUAGAGCUGGAAAGGGUCUUUGUCAUCAUCUGUCCCAAAUCUUUCCUUUUACAAAUGAAGAAACUGAGGCCAAGAAAGACCAAGAGACCGUCCUGGCAUCACACAGCCAGUAUGUAGCAGAGUCAAGAUUUGAACUCAGGUCCUUUAAUUCCAAAUCUCUCUCUUUUCCUAGCACACCAUACGUUUCACGAGGGUAUAUACUUUGUCCCUGGGAAGACAAGAUGGGAGAUCCGCACAUCAUGCUGAAUGGUGGGGGCGGGGGGGGGUGUCUUCUGAGCUGAAGGACAAAUGGUUCUGGGCUCCAAUCCUUUACAAAGCCUGUACUCAACUUGAGCUAAAUCCAGAUGUUGUCCUUACUCUUUUCCAGCACCCCUUUGGACAAUUCACAGCUGCUCACAGGUGGCCCUUUAUUUUAAGGCGUGCGCAUCUUUUUGGAUUACAUCUUCUUGUCCUGUGGCUAAGUGACUGUCUCCAUAAUGCAGGGUGUCCCAAAAGUCUGUGUGCAACUUUAAGCUUUAAUAACUUAAAACUGAACCAAGACUUUUGGUAUCUUGCCCACCUUCUUCCCAUGGUGGUCCCAUUGCCCUCUCAGGCAGUUGUGCUUGGAGGGAGGCAUAUGCAACUUGUGUGGCCAGCAAGCAGGAGGGGUAUUUCAAUCUAUUCUUCAAAGCACAGAAAAGAAAAAAAAAUCCCACAGAGAUUCAGAAAUAUCUCAUAUAGCAGUACCGGAUAGAGGGGAUUAAAAAACAACCACCAAAAAAAAAAAAAAAAACCCAGUCAAACAAACCAUUCUUUGGUGUCCCAGGCCUCUCCUGCUGGAUUCAUUGCACCCUGGUCACUGUUGUUGACACACAGGCAUCUUUGAUUCUCAACAAAGUGUGCUGGUGAUUUUUGACAUGAAUUCCACCUCUUUGCUCCUUCUGCUCCUUAAACCUUUGGGGCUUUGCUGUGUUGUCAGUGAGUGGUUUUGGGGUUGCUUUUUACUAAAAGUGCUGAUACUUCUUUUCUCUUAAAAUUUGGGGUGAAUUUUUUUAAAUCCUUCAUUUUUCCAAAGCUAAAGCUUUCUCUCAUCUAGCAUUUCUCAACAGUAGGACAGAUUUUUCAGAUGUGCUAUGGCCCCUCCAGCAGCAGCUUCUGUGUUUCUUCCAUCUUUUCCUAGCAACCGGUCUUCCCCUAAAUCCACCUGGAGGGAGCUGCAGAAUUUUAUCGGAGGCUCUCUUGCAGCACCCCCCCUUCAUCGUCUCUUCCUCUACAGGUCAUAGAACUAAAAACCUCCAGGAAUGAGAACUGUGUGAUAACCAGUCCUCUUAAACACUGGUCCCCUCUGCCUUCUUCCCUACUAUGCCAGUUUUGACCAGGGAAUAUGGGGUCCCUUCUUUUUCCUGAAGUGAGUGUGUAUUGACCAAAGGACACUAAAUUGGGCAAAAGGAGCGCUGAGGAGCUCAGACGUGACUCCGGUCCUACUCGUUUUCCUGAAAGACCCAGCAUAAAAUCAGGGACUGCUUUGGAGACUGUCUUAAACAGAAUGUUAGUACUUAUAAGGCCCCUUGCAGGUCAUGUGGUCCAGUUUUUCCCAUCUAGUACUAGACUGAUUUCAUGGGAGUGGCGAUGGGAACCUGGGAAGAAAGAAACAGAAGUCAUGAGCCCCAGAAUGCAGAAAGCCGGACAGUCAGCAGGUUUGCUUAAGUUGAUAGGUUUUAUGAGUUAAAAGCCUUGAGUAAUAAAAGGUUUUCUUGCUGGUGUUUUGGAAACAAUGUUUUGGCCUAACCCACCAUUUUACAAAAAGAAGAAACGGGGCCCAAGAUAUUUAAUGGACUUGCCCAUUGAAGCUGGGACUAUGGUUUUCAGAUCCCCUUCUGUCCCAGUACAUUUACCAUUACACGUGUCCAACCUGUGAAAGAGCCUUCCAAGCUCCUGUUGGUCUAAUCCGCCACAGUCAGACACACUAUACCUUGACCCCAACAUAGUGAUGUCAUUUUGGUCCUCUUCAAGCACAAAGGACAGCAGCCAACCACCAUCACGCUUUGCCAGAUCCUGGCUUCAGGGCCACCUCACUCAGCAGAGGUGGAAAAGGAAUAGAGGAUUAUAAAUCUACAGCUGUUCAAACCCCAGAGACCAUCUCAUCCAAUAAUUCUCCCUACCCCAUCUUAUAGAUGAGAAAACUGAGGCCUAUAAAAGUUAAGUGAUUUGCCAAAGGUGGUGGAAAUAUCACCAGGUAAAGAGAUUCAAUGUGUAACUUAUGCCAGUCUUCUCCAGAAUGUCUUUACUUAUCACCUUUUUGCUACAGUUAAGUCCUGUUUCCUUCCUGAUAGAAAUGACAAAUGCUUGGUUCCCCAUUGUCCACCCUCGUUUAUAAAAAGAGAGUCCUUUCUCUUCAUCAUCUCUUUCCAUAAUUACUCAAAGCUUUCAUUCCUAGAAUCUUUGCCAUUUUGGUGAAUUUCCUUUGGAGUCUUGCCAAGGUUUCACUUCCCAGGCCAUCCUAUUAGUACUUCUAUAGACACACCAGCGAAGAUACUUUUUUUUUUUUUGGACCCUGGAAGAUUUAGAAAGAAGAGUCUUGACUGGGAGAGAGAUCACCCAGACUUUGAGAGAGAAUAAAUGGCAUGAGAAGGGAGUCAGUCCAAGAUUAGAGAGACUGGAAGGGGUAGGAUCACUGUUUCAUAGAAGUGACACCAAUCCUUCUAAGACACAGCUCUAUCUGAACAUCAUCUGCUGCUUGCUGGCCAAGGACCCUGUCUUACAAUCACAUCAUGGAUAUGCACAUAGUAAAGCUGAUGAGCCUUUUAAUUAGCAUUGUGUAGAGUUCACCUUCUACCAUAGGCUCCUGUAGACAAGUUUCCGAUGCUGAUCAUCCCAUCAGUAAGAGCACGGCAUCCUGACAGCCCAAAGGUCACCCUCUAUUCUAAAACUACUUUUUUUAAAGCCUAGUCUUCUUAAGGACUCCAAUACCAUAGGCUUUAGCAGUUUGCUUUUUAAAAGUAGGACAGUCAAGAAUUUGAAUUGUCUAACAAUAGAACAGUCCGUUUACAAACCAGGUACAGUUUUCUAUGCUCCGGUACUGCAUCCUGUCCUGAUGUCAGGUUUCUCCAAGCCUGCGUAUCAGUGUUGUUCAUGUGUCGUUCUGGGAGGAAGUGUUUGCUUCGCUUUUUCUUCACCAUUUUUUCUGUACAUAAGCUAAGCCCUGCACACAUUCAUUCUGAAAAGCCUUAAAUCCUUGGGAUGUUCAACGUGGGGUGUGUGGUACAAAAGGCUGCCUAGAAACUGUGAGCCCUUUUGUAAGCUGGAAGCAUUUCUCUUAUAACUGUUACUUUUCUAGGAACUUUUUAAUUCAGAGCUGCCAAAGCAUUCCAGUAUGCAGUGCCUUAGUGUUCUCUUAGACGUACGUGCCACCAGCCUUUUCUUCGAGCCGUUCUUGACCUUAUUUUACAAAUUGGCUCCAUUCAAAAAACAAAGGAACAAAAAAAGAGCACCUGUUUUCUUUCGUUCCGCAGGAAACUUUUUUUUGACGACUCGGUCUAAAACAUGAAAUUACAUACAAGUCAAUCCCAUCAUUAUACUCUUAAAUGUAUAUACCAAAAUGAAAGGUUACAACUUCAUAGUUUUCCGUGAAAAGUACUUAUGAUGCUGCCUUUUAAAUUUCACGACCAAAUACUUAACUAUUUUUGAAUUUUCACUCUAGCAUGAAAGUGCCUUUGGUUUGCCGUUCCAGCUUAGAAAAGUGCUGCCAUAAUGAUGAUAAUUUGUAGAGAGACCAAAAAUAUUUAGAGAUCACCGUAAUGCCUUUGGUUUAUUGGAAUGAGGGGGAAAAGAAACAACACACAAAACUCUAGGCCUCCAUUUACGAGAGAGCACUGCGUAUGGUAACCUGCUGGCCACCAGUAAUCAGAUAGUCAAGUCGGGAACCUUCUACUCUCCACCAUCAUUUUACAGCCGUGAAGACCAGUAACUGGGAUGUUAACGUAUCCAGAUUACCCAUGUACUACUCCCUUUUCAGCUCCUUGCCCAGUCUUGUAUCUGUGGAACACAAUAGCCACAGAAACCAUUUGUCAAUGGACAGAUGUUACAACUUUGGGUUCAUUCGGUCUCCUUUCUGUUGAGCAUUUCAGUUCCUGUGAAGGCUUUCCUUUUUACACUAGUUGUAGUGUGCGCUUAUUUUGUUUACACAGUUAAGACUCUUUGGAAAUUUGGAAGCACCAGACUAAGAUAAAAGUACAGAACCAAAGUGAAGGAGGGUAAAUCAAAUCCAAACCAGCUUUUUUUUCUUUUAAAUUUUAGCCUGGAAAUGUUGACUGUUGAGUGUGAUGUCUGAAUGUGCUUUUAAAAAAAUCUCCCACAGAGCACCAUUCACAACUCAAUAUUUCCAAGAAAUGUUUCAGCCCCGAGGAAUGCAACUCCUUAAAGUCAGUAUCUGCUUUUGUCACCUUUUGUGAUCUGGGCCAUAACAUUAUAUGGAAAACGAACAUGAGGGGUUGGGCUAGGGGACCAGGGAAAAACACCAGCCCAACCAAAACCUGGAAGAGAGGUGUUUUUAUUAUAAACACAGUUUUAUAGUCACUUAGUGAACUUCUGACAUAUAUUGUCCACUCCUGCAUGGUGUCUAUCGUGAGAAUACUCUGUCUAAAUUUGAAAUUUUAUUUUAGAUCACUUGAUUUCUGUACCUCUCUCCCCGUGCUCUCUUUCUAAUUCUUGUAUUAUGAAGAUUUACAUGUGAAAAGAAACCUAUCUGGAAUGCCACUAAAAUUCGGCCAUUUCCGUUCAAACACUACACAAGCUAGUCAGCUACUUGAAUUUCCAAAUCAUAGAUCUUGGUACUGCACCCUGCCUCGAAAGAAAUCGAAGCUCUGACAAUACUUGUUUCCCCCAUUCUUCUCCCCCCUGCCCUUUUUUAGGCUCAGUUUCAUUUGGCAACAGUUUUCCAGCCUGACUAAACCCAUCGUCUCUAUCUUUCAAAGUGAAGCCUGUAUAAUUAAUGUUUAACUCCAGUAGACAGCUAGCAGAAGUCAACCCACCAUGAGAAUAGUUGUAAUACUUGUAUUUAUUUUCUUUUCCUAACUCUUUGGAUGUAAUUGGUUUUCUUACUCCCUGUGAAUUUUUUUUUUUUGGAGUCUGCAUACUCUGAAAUGUUUGAUCUGAUUUUUUUAAAAUGAUGUUUAAUCUAUCACUCCUCAUCAGUCGUUUUAGAUUCCAGUUCCAGACCUCUCUCAGGUUGACCUUUUUUUUGUCUGCCUUCGAUUAUCAGAUUGUGCAUUCUUCUUCUUCUACUCCCUCUUCUUCUGAAAAAGAAGCUGUUAGUGUUCAAGUACAAGCCAAUUGGAAACCGGUUUCUGACUUUUCCAGUUUCAUAUUCACAAUCUUCAUUGAAAGCCCUUGGUUGACAAAGGAUGUUUUUCCCUGUUACCUCCUUAAAAGACACAUUUUUUUUGUGGGCCUUUUUACUUCAGGCUCAUAAUCGCAGACAAAAAAAAAAUUAAAUACAGUACGUGCCUGAAAAAUGACAGAAGAAUUUUAUAACAGUAAAAAAAAAAAAAAAAAAGACAAAAAAAAAACCUGAAUAGCCUUUAAUUCUUUACUAUCCGUACAUUUUACGUAAACCCAUUUUUGCCAUGUGCAUCUGUUCACGUUGUAAAUGACUUAAUGGAACUCUCACUUUAUGUUUAUUCGUGUAAUGUGUAUAAAAAUGGGUUUGUGACUUAAGCAUAUUCAUAUACGGUCAGUGGUUACUUUAUGAUUGUACUGCUGCUGGUGACUUGAUGUGGAAACUGCCUUUUGAUAAAGCGUUUCCUUUUUGUUAGAUU